CGAAAGUUGGAGAAGCCAGCAUGGCUUUCACUUUCUGCAUAAUUUGACAUCGUCUCACUCAUCAAAUAUCUACUCCAAAAAAUGCUCAAGAAGGCAAGUGGGAGCUGUAUGGAAUCUGAAGACUGAGCUACUCAACAGUCUGACUUAACCCUGCGAAGAUGGACUAUGGCGCAGAGGCAGGCCCUUCGAGUUCAGGCGCGUCGGCUGAGGAGGACAUUGUUCCGCCAAAGGCGAAGAAGCAGCGGUCUGAAAGUACACCUGAUCGCAAGGUCGCUGAGGGCUGCGAGACCCUACAGUUCUUUGUCAAGCUGGAUGGAAAGACUAUUGUCUGCAGAGAGAACCCGGAUACGGUCCUCAAAGACCUGAAGGUGUCCCUUCUGGCAGAGCGAAUAGGAGAUACAACGCGUCUGAAGGCCAGCUCUCUUGCAGCAAAUACUACAUUCACAUGCGAAGGGAAGCGUUUGCAUGAGGCGCUGAGUCUGAGGCAUGUGCCGGCAGGGGCCACGUUGCAUUUGUGCCACCUGUUGGGACAAGACCAGCUGUACACCCGCGGCUCGAUCAGUGCCAUCAAUCUGUGCAAGUUGGUUGACAAUCUCUUAGAAAGCAGGAGGGAGGCGUCGAACGAGCUGGUGGAAAGCAUUCCGAAGGAGCUUCACGCAUUCUUGAAGCCGCAAUUGGAAUGUGCUGGUGCAGCCACCUAUGCUCAGCGCUUCAUCAAGGAUGGCGGGGUGGAAGCAAUUACGAAGCUUGUGUCCAGCGACUUUCUGUUCCUUGCCACAUCAUGCCUUGCCAUGGUCACUGAGCACACUGCGCUCUCAGAGCUGGCCGCUUUCCCUCAAGAGGUUAUAUUCACGAAGAACGCCGCCCUGAUCCUGUGGUGGAACCUCUUUGAGUCCAUCCUGGAAAAAUACCUGAAAGCAACUGGAAAGUUGUCGGAGUCGAAGGCGGUAUAUGCAGGCGGUGUGGACGACAUGUUUGAGCAAGCCCUUCUCACCCUCUUGAAUAUGCCUGCGGCCACGUUAGAGACUUGGCAAACGACGAUUCCUUCUAGGAGAAGCUCGAACCACCUCAGGCAGACUCUUGGAGGGGCCUUGUGUUCAGUGGUUCAGAAGGCGCUUGCGCACGUGAGAGACAACGUCGCAGCAUUCAAGACCGGGGGUUUGCAAAGAGGGCCACUUUCCUCCCCCUUCACUUUGUAUCCGAAGCUCCUGGAGAGAUGCCGGUCGUUUGGUCUCCUUAGCGGGCCCUGGGGGGAGUACUCCAACGAUGGGCUUAAGGAGCAUGACCAGUACAAAACCUUAGAAGCAGCAACCGCGCAGAUUCUGGAGGACCUAUACCAAACUGCGCGGGGCAUAGACAGAGCCGCUCGGGUCUCUGCAUCCUUGGCGUCUUCCCUCCCCCAGCCACCAGCACCAGAUGGCUCUCUUGUUGCAACUCUCAGCGCGCUCGGCAGGCUUCCCCCUCCGUUGCUGAUCCGGCUCGCAAAUCUGCUAAACUGGAUGUACGACUUUGAGGCAGGCGAGGAACACUCCCAGAAAGGCCUCAUGGCCUUCCUACAGUCCAACCAGCAGAUUUUCAACGCGCUCCUCCACCUGCGCGUCGGCGAGUUUGAGGGCGUGCACGAUCUAGGGUUCCUCCUGGUCAGACCUUACACGUUCCUGUGGCCGUUUGAGACCAAGGAGCGCCUGCUGCUGACGCCAAACCUGUGCAUCCCCGCCACGCGGAAUGCGAUCGCCAGCUAUGAGGUCCGGGUGAAGCGGGACAAUCUGCUCACGGAUGCGUUCGCCGGGCUCAGCGCGAUCGACGCACAGGCGGUGCGCCAGUUUGGCAUUGAUGUGGCGUUCGACCAGGAGGAGGGCCACGGGCCGGGCGUCAUGCGCGAGUUCCUCACGCUGGUCAGCCAGGAGCUCUUCAACCCCGAGCGCGCGCUCUUCCUCGCCUCCCCGAUCGACCGGCGCUGCGUGUUUCCCAACCACGCCUCGGGAAUCAACCCCGGGCACCUCUCCUACUUCCGCUUCUGCGGCCAGAUCAUCAUUCUCGCGCUCGCGAACAAGGUUCCGCUCGGAGUGACGUUCGGCACCGCUCUGCUGUACGCCCUGGGCGACGAGACCGGAACGACGACCGGCCGGUAUGAGUUGGCGGAAGACGUGGACCCGGAGCUGUACGACGCGUGCGAGAAGAUUUUGGCUAUGGAAGACGACGAGGUUGAGAACCUGGGCCUGACCUUCGUCUGCACCAUCGACUCCGGCCUCGGCGAUCACACCGAAGUCGAGCUCCUCCCGGGGGGCCGCAACCGGGCGCUCACGGCAGAGAAUCGGCAGCUGUUCGUGGACCUCAAAGUCCAGAAGCAGGUGAUGGAGCCCGUGGCGGAGCAGAUCAAAGCGCUUCGCGAGGGCAUGGAGUCGCUGCUGCCGGAGGGGGUGUCGUGGGCGCACGUCUUUGCCCCUCUCACCGAUCAGGAGUUUGCGUCGCAGCUGCAAGGCGCCACGUCCGACCUGGACAUCGACGACUGGGAGCGGCACACGACCUACCACGGCUGCGAAGCCUCCGAUGACGUCAUCCGGUACUUCUGGGCGGCCGUCCGGAGCCUCUCCCCGGAACAGCAGCGGAACCUCCUGUUCUUCGCGACCGCGAUCCGGUACCUACCGUCUACCGGGUUUGCGAGCCUGCACGACCGGGUGCAUAUUCACUGUGUCGAGACGAGCGUCGAGUCGCUCCCGACCGCGCACACGUGCUUCUUGCAACUGCUGCUGCCGCGGUACACGUCAUAUGAAACGAUGCGGGAGCGCUUGGUCGCGGUGGCGCAGAGACACGUGGCGGAAGGGUACGGAAACGCUUGAUGCGACGAGUUUCACAGCAAAGGUUACGUGAUGUGGUCGAAAGGACCUCUGCUGGAUAUAGAAGGCGCUCCCUAAGCGGUAGGGGUCGCUUUAGUAUACAUGUCAUGCAGAGCAAAGACAGAAUGCGGCGAGGUACCUUGACGAAAGAAGUAUACAUACAAGCUUUUGUUUUACUUGUAUAAGUAAGAUUGUCACGGAGGCCUGCUGCGUUGUUAUGCACCGGGCGGCCCACAAAAAUAGUUGCAAAAGUGCAUUCUUCCUUACGGUCUUGGAGCAGCU